AUGGGCGACCUCAGCAACCCUAUGGUCAUGCGCACCUACUACAGCCGCCUCCUCCCCUGGAAGGCCAUGUUCCUGUGGCUCAACCAGUCGCACGCCCCGACCCGCCAGUUCACCCACCGCGAGUUUGCCUUCACCCUCCAGAAUGAGGCCUACCUCCGCUACCAGUCGUUCGCCACCGCCGACGACCUCAAGCGCGAGGUCCUGCGCCUCAACCCGAGCCGCUUCGAGAUCGGGCCCAUGUACUCUGGCCGGCCAAAGGACCGCAAGGCGCUCAUGAAGAGUGCCUUUCGUCCCUUGACCCGCGAGCUCGUGUUCGACAUCGACAUGACCGACUACGACUCGAUCCGGACGUGCUGCAAGGACAAGAAGAUGUGCAAACGGUGCUGGCGCUUCAUCACGGUCGCCGUCAAGGUCCUCGACGAGAUCCUGCGCACCGACUUUGGCUUUGUCCACAUCCUGUGGGUCUACUCGGGUCGUCGCGGCAUCCACGCCUGGAUCAGCGACUCGGCGGCGCUCAACCUCACCGACGAGCAGCGCAGCGCCAUCGUGCGCUACAUCGACAUCGUCAAGGGCUACACGGCCAUGGACAAGCGCCUGACGACCAUCAAGCCGAUGCACCCGAGCAUCAAGCGCGCGUACGACAACUCGCUCAAGUCGGCGUUCUCGAGCGUCGUCCUCGGCGACCAGGACGUGUUCCGCACCGACCCGCAGCAGUGGGAGAACGUCCUCUCGAUGCUGCCCGACAAGGAGAACGCCGCGUCGCUGCUCAAGCAGUUCUCGACCGGGUCCGACUCGUCAUCCAUCGAGCGCUGGAAGGACGUCGUCAAGAUCCCGGCAUCGGCCCCUUCCGCCAACGCCCUCACCAAGUCCCGAAUCAAGGACAAGCACCAGGAGGCCAUCACCGACCUCAUCAUCCAGUACACGUACCCUCGCAUCGAUACCGAGGUGUCGCGCAAGCUCAACCACUUGCUCAAGGCGCCCUUCUGCAUCCACCCGGGCACCGGCAAGGUCUGUGUCCCGCUCCUCGCGUCGCAGAUCGACGCGUUCGACCCGGACACGGUCCCGACGGUCGGCAAGCUCCUCCUCGAGCUCGAGCAGCUGUCGCGCCGGGGCGACCUGCAGGCCGACUGGGGCAAGACGAGCCUCAAGCCGUACGUCGAGCUGUUUGAGCGGCACGCAGAGGGCGUCGCGAGGGAGAGGGCGAGGGAGGUCAAGGCCGAGAAGGCGCAGUCGAUGGAGUUCUAG